AUGCCUCAGCUGCUGCAAAACAUUCACGGGAUCAUUGAAGCCUUCGGCUGCUAUGCCAGGUCAGAGGGUGGCUGCAAAGUGCUCACACGGGGGGAGCUGAAGAGGCUCCUGGAACAUGAGUUUGCUGACGUCAUAGUGAGUCCCCAUGAUCCCUCGACUGUGGAUGAAAUCCUGAGCCUGCUGGAUGAAGACAACACGGGGACUGUAGAGUUCAAGGAAUUCCUGGUCCUAGUUUUUAAAGUUGCUCGGGCCUGCUUUAAGACACUGAGUGAGAUUCCUAGGGGUGCUUGCAGGUCUGACAAGUCUGAACGCUGCUGUCCUGGAUCCUCAAAAGCGCUGGAGCAAGGCCAGACAGGUGGCCCCGGAGUUGGGAGGGAUGCAGCAGAGCAGUGCUGUGAGGACAGCAGCUGUAGACAGAGGGAUCAGGCAUCUAAAGAACAGGUCAGCAGUCAUGACAGGGAGGUUGAGUCUCAGAGACAGGAGAUGGUAAGCCAGCAAACACAAGUGACAGGACAAGUGGAACAGACCCCGAGACCUGAGGACAAGAAUUGGACCAGAGAGAGGAGGUCAGAGAGGCAGUCACAGAUUAGCCAACAGACAGAGGCGACCAGACCCGGAGCCACAACUCAGACCCAAGCAGAUGCCUUCCAGACACAGGGGUCCACCUGUGGCCAGAACAGAGGGACUAACAGCCAUAGCCAAGACAGGAGUCAGGCAGGCCAAGCGGCUAUACAACAUGACCAGACACAGGCAGGGUCUCAUACUCAGACACACACCCAGAUGGCAGAACAGGGCUGCAGGCAGCAGACAGGAAGUGGCAGCAUCCAGACACAGGAAUCCAUCUAUGACCAGAACAGAGAGACUGAGACUCACAGCCAAGACAGGAACCAGGCAGGCCAGGCUGCUAAAGAACACCACCAGGCACAGGCAGAGUCAUACACUCAGACACACACCCAGACGAUGGAACAGGGCAGGAGUCAGCAGGCAGGAAAUAGUAGCCUCCAGACACAUGGCUCCAUCUAUGACCAAAACAGAAGGACUGAGAUCCAUGGGCAAGACAGCAGUCGUGCAGGACAGGUAGGGACAGGACACUUCCAGACACAGGUAGGAUCCUAUUCUCAGACCUUGGAGCAUGAUAGGAGCCAGUCUGCAAGUCAGGUAAGGGCUCCGGAAAAGAGACAAAGCCAGAUACAGUCAGGUAUGGGGCCAGGCUGGACACCAGUAAGCAACUGUGAGACAGGGGAGCUGGGACUAGGAAGCCAGGUCCAGACUGAGACAAGCACUGUAGAAGAAAGACAAGACCAUAGCAGCAAUCACCCAAGUCCAAAGGGAGGGCAGAGAGAGAGUGCCCCCACCGUGAUUAGAGAUGAGUGGGUCAAUGACCACACAAGGGAAAUAGUGAUCCGAAGCCAGAAUCCAGGUGGCCUGCACUCUCGUGUUCCUUCAGCUCAGGGCCAGGAUACAGCACAGAUGGAGGAGAAGAAAGGAAUCACAGCCAAGGGACUAUAUUCCUACUUGAAGACAGACCAGCCAUGA